AUGUUUGUUUCUCCUAUUUGUGUUAGGUGCUUCCCCACUAACCACUAUAAGGAUCCAUUAGUUCUUUUUUGUUGUACGUCUUUCUUUCUUUUCUUUUCUUUCUUUUUCUUUCUUUCUUUCUUUCUUUUUUUUCUUUCUAUUCCUUUUUCUUUCCGUUCUUCAUUCAUCUUUUUCAUUCAUUCAUUCUUUCUUUCUUUCUUUUUCUUUGCUUUCUUCGUUCAUCUUUUUCCUUCCUUCAUCCAUUCUUUGUUUCUUCCUUUCUUUCUUCCUUUUUUUUUCCCCUCCUUGUUUCAUUUCUUGUUCCUUUCAUUUUUCUUCACUGAGUCUUGUUUAUUUUUGUUUCUUUCUUUCUGUUUUCAUGCGUUCUUUCUUUCUUUCUUUUUCCUUUCCUUUCUUCAUUCAUCUUUUUCAUUCAUUCAUUCAUUCAUUCAUUCAUUCUUUCUUUCUUUUUUUUUGCUUUCAUCAUUCAUCUUUUUCAUCAUUCAUUCAUUCAUUCAUUCAUUCUUUCUUUCUUUUUUUUUUUUCUUUCAUUUCUCAUUCCUUUUUCAUUCAUUUAUUCAGUCUAACUUUUUUUUUUUCUUUGUUUCAUUCUUUUUUUUUCAUUCAUCCAUUCUUUCUUUCUUUUUUUUUCUUUCUUUCAUUUUCAUUUUUUCAUUCAUUUUUCUUUCUUUCUUUUUUUUUCUUCUCUUUUUUUGUUCCUUUCCAUUUUUCAUUCUUUUUUUUUUGUUUCUUUCUUUUCUUUCUUUUCUUUCUUUCUUUUUCUUUUCUUUCUUUCUUUUCUUUUUCCUUUUCUUUUCCUUUCCUCAUUCAUCUUUUUCAUUCUUUCUUACUUUCUUUUUUCUUUCUUUUUCUUUGCUUUCAUCAUUCAUCUUUUUCAUUCUUUCUUUCAUGAUUUCUUUCUUUUUUUUCUCCUUUCUUCAUUUUUCGUUCCUUUCAUUUUUAUUCACUCUAACUUGUUUUUAUUGUUUCUUUCUUUUUGUUUUCAUUCAUCCAUUCUUUCUUUCUUUCUUUCUUUUUCUUUCUUUCUUUCUUUCUUUCUUUCUUUCUUUCCAUUCCUUUUUCUUCCCUUUCCUCAUUCAUCUUUUUCUUUCUUUCUUUCUUUCUUUCUUUCUUUCUUUCUUUCUUUCUUUCUUUCCAUUCCUUUUUCUUCCCUUUCCUCAUUCAUCUUUUUCUUUCUUUCUUUAUUUCUUUCUUUCUUUCUUUCAUUCUAUUCCUUUUCCUUUCCUCAUUCAUCUUUUUCAUUCUUUCUUUUUUUUUUUCUUUUUUUUUCUUUUCUUUGCUUUCAUCAUUCAUCUUUUCAUUCUUUCUUUCAUGAUUUCUUUCUUUUUUUUCUCCUUUCUUCAUUUCUCGUUCCUUUCAUUUUUAUUCACUCUGACUUGUUUUUAUUGUUUCUUUCUUUUUGUUUUCAUUUCAUCUUUCUUUCUUUCUUUCUUUCUUUCUUUUUCUUUCUUUCUUUCUUUCUUUCCAUUCCUUUUUCUUCCCUUUCCUCAUUCAUCUUUUUCUUUCUUUCUUUCUUUCUUUCUUUCUUGUUCUUUUCAUUUUUCUUCACUGUGCCUUGUUUAUUUUGUUUCUUUCAUUCUGUUUUCAUUCAUUCUUUUUUCCUUCUUUCUUUUCUUCUUUCAGUUUAUUUGGCUUUUUCGUCUUGGGAUCAUGUUUCUUAUUUUUUCAUUCAAUUUCUCACUUUUCUUCCACUUAAUAUGUUCUUCCUUUCUUCUUUCUGUCUUUCUUUAG